AUUGCAUCAUUAUAUUGGACAUCGAAUUGGACGUCCUCUAGCCGCGUCUUUGGAAAAAUGACCGCAGAUGUCCUAAAAUCGCUGCCUCCUGAUGUACGGACUCUAAAACUAACUGGGCAUGUUGGUUUCGAUAGUUUACCAGAUCAACUAGUCAACAAGGCUAUCAGCCAAGGGUUCGUGUUCAAUAUACUAUGUGUUGGUGAGACAGGAAUUGGGAAGUCCACAUUACUAGAGACGCUAUUCAACCAAAAGUUUGAUUUCACUCCGUCGACUCAUGAUCUUGCAGAUCCCAAGUUAAAAGCUGUUACUUACGAUCUCAAGGAAGCCAAUGUCAAGCUCAAGUUAACUGUAGUAGAGACCUGUGGAUACGGUGAUCAGAUUAAUAAAGAAAACAAUAUAAGACCUGUUGUUGAUUAUAUCGAUAGCCAGUUUGAAAACUAUCUGCAAGAAGAAUUGAAAAUGAAAAGGUCUAUGCAAGCAUUUCACGAUACUAGAGUCCAUGUCUGCCUUUACUUUAUUGCGCCCACUGGACACAGCUUGAAGUCAAUUGAUUUAGUUGCAAUGAAAAAAUUGGAAAAUAAAGUUAAUGUCAUCCCCAUAAUAGCAAAGUCAGAUACAAUCACCAAAUCUGAAUUACAAAAGUUUAAAGCAAGAAUUCUUAGUGAAAUACAGUCGAAUGAGAUUGGUAUUUACCAGUUUCCGACUGAUGAUGAAGCUGUCAGUGAAACUAAUAGUGUAAUGAAUCAACAUAUACCAUUCGCGAUUGUGGGUAGUUCAGAAGAAACUAAAAUAAAUGGAAAAACGGUACGUGUUCGACAAUAUCCAUGGGGUUCAGUUCAAGUUGAAAAUGAAAAUCACUGUGAUUUUGUUAGACUUCGAGAAAUGCUGUUGCGUGUGAAUAUGGAAGAUCUACGUGAACGAACGCAUGGUGUACAUUAUGAAACAUAUCGACGUCAACGUUUAAUCGAAAUGGGAUUUCGUGAUGAUGAGAAAAUGUCACUUCAGGAAACCUACGAAAAGCGUCGUGAGCUUCAGAGGAAAGAAUUGCAACAAAAGGAAGAAGAAAUGAGACAAAUGUUUGUUCAACGUGUCAAAGAAAAGGAACAAGUUUUAAAAGAAGCUGAGCGUGAGCUACAAACCAAAUUUGAAAAUCUAAAGAAAACCCACGCUGAAGAAAAGAAGAAACUCGAGGAAAAGAAACGUAUAUUGGAAGAGGAAAUAGCCGCUUUCGAACGUCGAAAGCAGCUUGCGGAACAAGCAAGACAAGGAAAUCUGACUAUGAAAAAGAAGAAAUAACUUAGAUGAGAGAAAUAGCACUUAUCUACACGUUACUUAAUGAUUCAUAUUAGCAUUUUGAUUUCCGGUUAUUGUUUUUAUCAAUCUCAUUUUUCUUUUCUUAGUUUUACUUUCUCGUAUAAGCUUCAGCUUUACAUAUACUGCAUUUGAUUAUUGCUGGCUAUUUGUAUUACGCUUGUCUUCUGCCCUUUUAUUUUAUUGUGGGCAUUAAUAUGGUGUAAAUUUUUCAGCUAAAGUUUGCUUUUUAUAAAUCCGCCGCUUGACAGCAAAA